AACCCCCAGUCUCUCUCGUCAGAUAAAAAAGAUUUUUUCUCUCUCUCUUCCCCCCCCCCCCCUACCAACACCCCCAUUCCAUCCCACCCUCCGGUGCGGGUGGUCUCUGAGAAAUUGUCCACCAUUACUUCCAAAAGUGAAGAGGAUUUUUUGACGCUGGCUGCGUCCAGGAUCAGCCGGAAGAAGCGAGUGAUUGGAGCGGCCAUUGGGGUGGUCAUGGUGUUGGUUCUGCUCAUCGCCAUCCCUUUGCUGGUCCAAAGCUCCAAGGCGUCUGCCCACUACGAGAUGCUGGGCAGCUGCAGGAUGGUCUGUGACCCUUACAGCCCCAAGCCCAGCUCCACAGCGGCAGAAGCCAUCCAGGACCUGACGGUGAUGUCCCCUCCACCUUUCAUCCACGGGGGGAAAGGCGACCAGGGUCGCCGAGGUAAACCCGGACCCAGGGGUCCUCCGGGAGAACCUGGACCCCCAGGGCCGAGAGGUCCACCCGGCGAAUGGGGGGAUCUGGGCAAACCGGGUCCUCCUGGACCACCGGGUUCAGGACCAGGAACAUUCAGCACGGCCUUCCAUAGCCCUAAGAUCGCUUUCUACGCCGGCCUUAAGAAACCCCACGAGGGCUACGAGGUUCUUAAGUUUGACGAUGUUGUGACUAACGUUGGGAACCACUACGAGGCUUCUACGGGCAAAUUCACCUGCACCGUGCCCGGCAUCUACUUCUUCACUUACCACGUCCUGAUGAGAGGAGGGGACGGCACCAGCAUGUGGGCUGACCUUUGCAAGAAUGGCCAGGUACGAGCCAGUGCCAUUGCUCAAGAUGCUGAUCAAAACUAUGACUACGCUAGCAACAGUGUCAUCUUACAUCUGGAUGUUGGAGAUGAAGUCUACGUGAAACUUGAUGGAGGGAAAGUUCAUGGCGGCAAUAACAACAAGUAUAGCACCUUUUCCGGUUUCAUCAUCUACCCAGACUGAGUAAAGGCACCUUUGUGUUAUUUUGCAGACCAGCCAGGGGAAGAAUGUGUUUAGUGUCAAUCAGAAGGUCAAAUGGAGCACAGAAUUAGCAACCCCCCCCCCCCAACUCUUAACUGUUCAGUUGUUCAGUAGAUCAAUCAAAGAUUCUUUUGCAAUUUUAUUUCUUGCUUCAAGAUAACUUUUUCUUCAUUUUAGUGUAUCAAACCAUUAACAAUGUGAGAGGAGUAUGUAGAAUACUGUGAUAAGCAAAAGCACUGGCGCUAAAGAAACUGUAUACAAAAUUCAGAGGGUUAAAUGAUGAUGAAUACCAAUUAACUAACAAUGGCACAAUCUGACUUUAAGGCAGGUAUAUGUGCCAGAAGCAUAUCUGACAUUAAUUUCAAUUAAAUUUUCAUCCCAACAGCGUGCUUUGUACACUUUGACAGGUAAAGCUCCAUUAUUUACCCGAAAAAGCAAAAGUUCCAAAUUCUGAUACUGCACCUUAAUUUUUUUUUCCCUGCAUUAUAUAAGUAACAUAUUCCACUGGAUGAUGUCAUGUUUAUCUCACAGUGGAAUAAGCCUGGCUGUCAGUUAACCCAUGAUAUCAUCGGUGGUGACAUUGUCCACUGAGAAUAUGGGCAGCAAUAUAAACUUGGUUAAAAGAAGAAAUUGCCAGGCUCAAUCUGCCUGUUCUAAUAGUUCAGGUGGAUGUUCAAGAACCUUUGGCACCAUUUCCUCCCUCAGCUAGCAACCCGAAUAAACUAUUGACAGGCCAAUCACCUCAUUGCUGUUUGUGGGAUCUUGCUUGCGCAAAAUGGCUGCAGCCUUUGCCUAUCUAACAACAAUCACUGCACUUCAAAGAAGCUCAUUGUGACAAGGCGCUAUAUUCGUGCAAGUCUCUUUUCUCUCGCCUAAUUUAAAUGGUGCUCUUUUUCUACGUAUUAACCAUCUAUGCUCCCAGCAAAUACCAAGGUGGAAUUUAUGAAAUGUUUGUUCUUUUUACUGGCUGCACACUGUUGCUAAUAUCACUUUAAUUUGCAAAAUAAAUAAAGGGUCCAAGAGUUAGCAUGAAAAUAUUAGCGUGAAAAUAUUUACUUUCAACAGUUAUUUAGGUUGGAGUUUCACCUCCGACAGUUCACCUAGUCUUACCGUUAUCACACAUUGGCACAGCCCUAAGCAGACCAUCACUUCCACUUUUCUGGGUGUUGUGAAGUCAUAUCACAGAAGUCAGUUUCUGUUUAUCAGUAAGAUUUGCCUUCAUCCUUGACAAUGUUGAAUGCCUCGCCAAUGAACCAAUAAACAGAGGAAUGUUCCCAGAGAAAGAAGAAAUAUAAGAGUAUGUGUUCUUGAUCAGAAUUGCUUUUGUGCAAUUAAAAUGCUUGUCUGGAAUUACUGUGUGCUUUUUUAAAAUCCAGUUGGGCGCAGAAAUUUCAUAUUAACAUGAUAAGUACGUGUAUCAAAAUAUUUGUAGGAAGUUUGUAACUCAGCAAGAGAAUCUUAAUCUUACUAAAUCUGGCAGAAGUUAGAAUUCAGCAGAAUUUGGUGAUACCAAAAACUCUGCAACAAAUACAGGAUAGAAUUAGCCUUUUAAGUUUGUUUUUCUGCUUGGAAUUUCUGUACAGUUGGUCGCUGACAGAAUUAACAUUGUUAAUUACUCACCAGAAAGAUAAGCAGAUCCGUCAUUCUGAGUGACUUACAAAUGUUUUGCCUGUAUAACUUACCUAGAAAACCACACAAAUCUGCAACAUCAUUGAAUGGGACUCCAUAAAUGAGAAUCGUAAAGAUGCUUAAUUUGUUGACUAGUGCAUUCUGGUUGUCAAAAGUAAUUUUGCACUUGUUUCCCAUGUUUGCAC